AUGGCAGAAAAAACACCAUCUUUGCCUGCUUUAGCACCUGCACAAACUGAAAAUCGUGGUUCAUUUCUUGCGCGCAAACAUGUAUGGGGAGGGAUUAUCAUAGUUAUUGUUGCCGUAUUUGUGAUUGGCUGGUUGAUUAUUUGUUACAAGAGGAAGCUUUAUGCAGGCUGUAAGUUACGACGAAACGGCAAAGGUAAGCUGGAUGCGGGAAAGAUGUGGUCAAGAAGAUUUCAGUUAGAAGAACUACAGAAGGCAACUAAUAAUUUUAGCCAAGAUUGCUUGGUUGGUACUGGCGCAUUUGGAAAUGUAUAUAGAGGAUCGUUUGAAGCCGAGGGAGUAUUGGCAAUCAAAAAGCUUCAUCCUUCGUCAUGCACAAGCAUCGAGGAAUUUAGAAAUGGAUCAAGAGCAGAAAAGAUAAUGGUCUAUGAAUAUGUCAGCAAUGGUUCAUUACUUGAUUAUAUCAUGGGAAGGGGAGGAAAGAGCUUAACUUGGAGGCAAAGAGUAAAUAUAGCAAUUGGAGCAGCCAAGGGGAUAGCUCAUCUGCAUGAAGGAGUAAAGCCAAGUAUAAUCCAUCGAGAUAUAAAACCAAGUAACAUCUUAGUAAGCGAGAAUUUUGAGGCUAAGGUCUCAGAUUUUGGCCUUGUUAAAUCAGGUCCUGUGGGGGAUCAAUCACAUGUAAGCAGUCAGGUUAAAGGGACACCAGGGUACCUUGACCCUGCCUACUGUGCAAGCUUCCAUUUAAGUCCUUUUACCGAUGUUUAUAGCUUCGGUGUCAUUCUUCUGCAACUUGUUACUGCUAGACCUGCAGUCGAUUCAUCUAGAAAACACCCUAAUAUUCAUGUUGUUGAUUGGGCGAGGUCUAGCCUGGAGAGAGGAAGAGUUGACGAAAUCAUAGAUGCAAAUCUUCUACUAGAAGAAUGUAACAUGGAGAUAAUGUUGAAGAUGGGACAACUUGGAUUAAGAUGUGUGGUGGAGAUGCCGAAAGAGAAGCCUACAAUGACUCAAGUGUGGCAAGAACUAGAGACAGCUCUUGAUUCAGUAGAAAUCUUUAUGCCUAAACAAUCUUCAUUGUAUUCCGCUGAACUAUCAGGAUUCCGUAGUGGAUCAACUGGUUAUCGGGAUCGCGGAUCGAUUGACAAUGGUCAUUCUCAAAGUUCCAUAAGCAUAGAUGGAAUUGGACUUCAAAAAUUUCAUGUGGACAUGGAUAGUCACUCUCUCCGGAGUUCGAGUUUGACGUGUUUCGAGCACAGCAUUAACAUGGAUGCUGCUGCAAAGAAUCUAAGAGGCAUUGCUGAGGAGAUAAGUAUAAGCAUGGAUGAGGACAAGGUCGCACGGGCAAAUGAAUUCAGCUUAGACUAUGAUGUUAGCAUGAUUUGCCAUUGCCCAUUAUAA